AUGUAUUACGAACCUGGAAACAUCCCCCACGGCCUCCCCCGUGACCCCUUCAAGGCAUGCGUCGUCCCCCGCCCCAUCGGCUGGAUCUCCACCAUCUCCGGCACAGACCCGGACACGCACAACAUCGCGCCCUACUCGCAGUUCAACAACCUCACCUUCGACCCGCCAUACGUCAUGUUCUCGGCCAACCAGAAGCCCGACUCGCAGCGCAAGGACACGGUCCGCAACGCCGAGCUCACGGGCAAGUUCUGCUGGAACCUGGCCACCUGGGACCUCCGCGAGGCCGUCAACAUCUCAGCGCAGCAGGUCGACUACGGCGUGGACGAGUUUGAGCGCGCGGGGCUCGAGAAGGAGUACAGCCGCGCGCUGCCGGGUGAUCCUGUGCCGAUGGUCAAGAACAGCCCCGUCAAGUUUGAGUGUGUCUACCACACAACUCUGCGGCUGCCUGCUAGGCCGCCGAUGGGGACAGUUGACGUCGUCAUUGGUAGGGUGAUUGCGGUGCAUAUCCGGGACGAUGUCUUGACCGAUGGCAAGUUGGAUGUUUCCAAGACGCACCCUAUUGCUCGAUGCGGGUAUUUUCAGUAUGCGGUGAUUCGGGAGACGUUUGAGAUGAUUAUUCCGGGUAUGGAUGAGGCAACGCACGCGGGGUUGGAGGGGAGCAGUAAGAUACAUCAGAAGAUUCAAGAUGUUCACCUAUGA